ACCACAGCAAGUUGGCAGUCCAAAAUCUUCAACCGAUAGUUCCUCUCUGAAUGUUCCAUCCCUUAAAUCUGGGCGAGAAGAAGAAGCACAGCCGGCUGUGCAAUUCCUUGUAAGUUUGCGGAGCGAAUCGAUUUUGUAUUGCAAUCCAUUGGAAGGACAGCAUGCUCAAGCUGAAACUCGAGGCCCUGGGUCAUCCCACUCCCAGCGAUGUGGCGUUGAGUGACCGCAAGGAAUUCGCCAGCACAGUCCUCUGGGUGGAGGACCAGAAAAUCAGGCUGUACACCGUGGAGGAUCGCGAAAAGCUGCGCAAUAUCGACAACUCCGCGAUCUGGGAGGAGGGCUACUUGAAGUACUGUGCGGAUCUGAACAUGCCGCCUCUGGAGUCCCAGCAGGAGCAGCUGGCCUGGAUUCUCAGCCAUGCCGUGCGCCUGGAGUUCCUUGAUGAUCCUGCCCAGUACGCCUCGAUUAGCAGCAAACAGGGGCCACCCCAAUGCAACGGCAAGCAGGGCCAACAGAGGGUCCAGUCCAUUUUCGACGGAAAAAUUAAUACUCAGGAAAAGGCGUUUGUCGAUGCUGUGCGGCUGCUGGCCAGCAAACUUGAUGUGCCGCACCACCCAAAUCACCUGUUGCAGCUGGAGGCAGUUGCUCGCGUUGUGCACCAUCGACUGUCGCCCGCCGCCCAGGGUCGCAAGCCGGUAGUGGGCAAACCCUUCCCUUUCGACAAGGGAAACGACGUGGUCUCGUCCAACGAUCCUGCCCUGGACUUGCCCAUGCGCAUCCUGCGCCUUCUCCAGAUCCAGAGCCUGCGCGAGCUGCAGACACACAUCAAUGAGACAAUUGUGGCGGUGCAAAACAUCACGGCCAAUCCAAAGACUGAUACCAAGCUGGGGAAAGUGGGACGCUAGGGUUAUAAAUAGUAAAGAAACAAAUCGACACAAUUACAGAGGCCUAUAUAUACAUUUGUAAAUUUCUAGCUUCUUAUGAAAAAGAAACGUUCUGAAAUUGCAUCUAUAAAAUAUUCUUUUAAGCCAAACAACAACAUUUAGUAAAAAGCAAUAGAUAUACAAGAGCCAAGCUAUGAACAAGCAAAUACCUGUUUUUCAUGUCAUAGAAUAAUAAUUCUUUAGAUAUUUUAUACAAAUAUAUAUUUAUUUAUGAUCCUAUGUUUUAAAAAGAUGCAAUGUUAUGUAGGCCUAUGUAAUUUAUCGUUUUUAAAUAAACCUAGAUGUUUUUAUUUCUCAUUAAUUAUUUGUGAACAUUUACCCAAG